AUGUUUGGAUUCGGCCACGACAACAACUACGAGCAAGACCACCAAAAGGUCUACGGUGAAGAACAUGAGGGAAAGUUUUCUCACGAAUUGGUUGCAGGUGCGGCAUCUUUUGAAGCUGCAAAACUAUUUGAAGACAGACAAAGAAGGGAAGGAAAGCCUGUCUCUCACAAGUUUGCCAAAGAGAUGAUUGCUGGUAUUGCAGGCGCUGAAGUCGACAAGUUGUUUGAGACCAAAGGGUUAGACUACUUAGAUAGAGAGGAAGCCAAGCGUAAUGCGCAAAGAUACGCAGAACAAAACUACGAUAACCAUUAUGGUAACCAAAACGAGUGGCACCCAGACAGCCAGCCGCCAUUCGACUACCAAUCUAGUAGAUACAAUUACAAUUGA